CGUUCUGCGGCCGAACUUGUCGCCUGGACUUCCCUGCUUGCCAGCUCUCCACUACCCACUACCCCACGUUUCGAGGAGGCAAAACGGAGACCUUGGUAUAAGUAGCGGACGAUCUUCAAGUCGGCAGAAAUGGAUGUCAGCGAGAUAGUCGACAACGAACCCGCGGCGCGUCCAUUCCUAUGUGACUGGGAAGGAUGCGGCAAGGGAUUCAACCGCAAGUCAGACUUGCAAAGACAUUAUCGGAUACACACCAACGAGCGACCGUACUCGUGUGACUGGGAAGGGUGCAACAAAAGCUUCAUCCAGAGAAGCGCCCUGACGGUCCACGUCCGCACGCACACCGGCGAGAAGCCGCACGAGUGCGGGCACGAAGGCUGCUUCAAGCGGUUCUCAGAUUCAUCGAGUCUGGCACGACAUAGGCGCAUCCAUACAGGCAAGCGGCCGUAUAGGUGUCACCACGAGCGUUGCUCGAAGACCUUUUGUAGAAAAACGACUAUGGUCAAGCACUUCAAGCGCACACAUCCCGGCCGGGCGCACGCCGCCGACAUGGACAUUGAAGCCAUGUCCGACUCUGUGAGUGGAGGGACGCCGGCGACGCCAGAGAACAACGCCGCCAUCCCUUGGCGGGGGAACAAUGAGAUGCCCAUGGUGGGCCACCCAAGCCACCAACUGCAUCGAGCCGCCUCGUUCGCCGAAUUCGGCCAGCCCAUCAGCAACUACGGCUUGCAGCCGCAAUAUAACCAUCGGCACAGCCUCUCGUCGAGCGGCGCCGCCGAGUUCCACCACGGCGCUGACCCCCUCAACCAGCCAACGCUCCAUCCCCAGCAGCAGCAACAGCAACAACAGCACCAACAGCAACACCACCCGGGCGUGCCAGUACUGCAGCGGACAGCGAGCGUGCCGCACCACAGCUAUUUCGUCUCGGAUCAGAACAACCCGGGCGUAGCAACCAUGAACGCGACGCCGCACCACCCGCCACAGCAUGUCCCAUACCAACACCAGGUGCCUCGGCAAGGCGUCGAACCCCUGCCGCUUGAGAUCCCGUCCUACCCCAGCGCCGGCGCGCUGUCUGGAAGCAUACCGAACAACAGCCCCGGCAGUUUCUCUGCCGCGUCCGGGAGGAGUCCGUCCACGCAGGAGGGCUUCUACACGCACGCGCCGCCGGGCCAGACCGCCGGCUACACGCUGCACGCCCCCAGCCCGGUUGACCCACAGACCCCGCAGAUGGUGAACUACCACCAGGCGCAGCUUCCCCCAUCUCAAGCCGCCGCCGCCGCAGCCGCAGCCGCAGCCGCGCAGGUCGCCAUGACUCGGGCGGCGCCGGGCCAACCGUUGCAGCAGCAGCAGCAACAGCAACAGCAGCAGCAGCCCGCGCACGCGCAGCCUGGCGCCCCCGGGCAGGAGCAGCCGUGGUACGCCGGCGUCGAGUAUCAGCCGCCCGUCGAAGUGGUGACGAUCGGCUCGGUGCCGCCGUUCAGCGCGGGGUCCACGUAUGACCCGUGGGCGAGCGUCAAGCUCGGUUUCGACGAUCCGUCCUUGCAGAUGCCGAGCGAGCGCAUCGCGAGCAUGUGAGCGGAGACCGCAGACUUGUCUCGCGGCGUGCGGCACGGAGAUGGCGGCCGUGACACCUGUCGCUGGCUGUCUUCCGUGCGUCGCGCGUCGGUUUCCGUC